AUGAGGUUUGGGAAGAAAGGUAAGCUCAGUCCAAGAUUCAUUAGACCCUACGAGAUCCUUGAGCGCAUAGGCGAGGUCGCAUAUCGACUUGCGAAACCUGCUUCUAUUGAUAGAGUGCAUGAUGUGUUUCACGUAUCUCAACUAAGGCAGUACAUCUGGGAUGACUCACACGUUCUUCAACCCGAACAAUUAACCUUGGAUGACACCUUGCAGUAUGAAGAGACUCCCGUUCAGAUUCUAGAUAAGAAGACGCGUGAUACUCGUCGAGGUAGUGUAGCACUUGUGAAAGUGCUAUGGUCUAAUCACGUUACCGAAGAGGCCACGUGGGAGGCAGAGGAUGCCAUGAGACCUGAUUACAGAUCGGAUCCGGUCGGAAAUAAUCGGGUUAGCAAUGUUGAUGAGAGUGCUAAGGAUGUUCCUUUGAACUGA